AAAAUGAAGAAUGUUCCUGCGUUACGUUGCGCUACGGGCCACCGUAACGUAGAAGUUCUCACUUUUUGACACAUUUUUCUGUCACAGAAUUCCGGUAAUGCCCAAUUUGGCAUAAUUUAAUUAAAUUGGUGCUUGAGUAUUCUUCAAUGAUUAUUUGCAACAGAUAAAAUCAAACUUUAAAGUACUGAUUAAUUUAGGUUAGGUGCAAGAAUUACAAGUGGAUUUUUCCUAUAAAAGUGUAAUUACUUUCUCUGCAACGAGUUGUUUACCUGUCUUGGAGAGCAAUUAAAACACGACCAAAGUUUAAUUGACUUUGGUGUUGGGUUUAUCAGAUAAGAUAGGUGAAAAAAAUACUUAUAUUAAAAGACCAACAUUACAACAAUUUAAUCAAUGAAUCUCUUGAAUUUAGAGUGAAUUUUAAUCUUAUUAGUAGGUUGUAUACCUGUUUACGAGAAGUACGGUUUUUACCCAAUUAAGCAGGAGUGAUAAUGGGUGCAGAAGGCUUAAGUCCAAGAGACCCUAGCUCAUACUCUAGACCAGAGGAUGUUGCUGUAACAAAUAUUUUCCUUAAUUUAACUGUGGAUUUUGAUAAAAAAAUUCUCCACGGCAAUGUGGACCUGGACGUCUCUAAAAUUAAUAAAAAUGCAACCGAACUGAUUUUAGAUGCAAAAGACUUGAAAAUAUCAAAAGUAAUUGACGACAAUACCAAACAAGAACUGAAAUUUGUAAUAUCUCAACCACAGGAGGAGUUUGGUUCGAAACUUUCGGUUGAAUUACCCAAGCAGGGAAAUGAUACUUAUAAAAUUUCGAUUUUUUAUGAAAAUAGCCCAAAUGCUAGCGGUUUGCAGUGGCUAACCCCUGAACAAACAGCAGGGAAAAAGCACCCUUAUCUUUUCAGCCAAUUCCAGGCCAUUCAUGCUAGGUCUGUUCUCCCCUGUCAGGACACUCCCGAAGUCAAGACAAAAUACCAAGCUGCCAUCAGCGCUCCUUCAAAUUUAACAGUCUUAAUGUCGGCCAUCCCCUCCAAGACUGAAAUUUCUGGCGCCUUCAAGCGUUCGCAUUUCAGCCAAGACGUCCCAAUGCCCGCCUACCUCAUAGCCAUAGCAGUAGGUGCUCUAGAAUCGCGCAAAAUCGGCCCCAGAUCGCACGUUUGGGCCGAAAAAGAGAUCAUCGAGGACUGCGCCUACGAAUUUGCCGAGACUGAGCACCAGCUGAAGACAGCUGAAGAGAUUUGCGGGCCGUACGUGUGGGGCAUUUACGACUUGCUUGUCCUUCCCCCCAGUUUUGCAUUUGGAGGAAUGGAAAAUCCGUGUUUGACUUUCGUUACUCCCACUUUACUCGCGGGCGAUAGGUCUUUGGCUAAUGUGGUAGCGCAUGAAAUAGCACACAGCUGGACGGGAAAUCUAAUCACGAAUCGCAAUUUUGAGCAUUUCUGGCUGAAUGAAGGGUUUACGGUUUUUGUUGAACGGAAGAUUAAGGCGCGGUUGACGUCACCGGCGCAUCAGGAUUUUGACGCCUAUUGCAGGCUGAGUGAGUUAAAAGAGGCGGUGAAGUUGCUUGGGGAAAACAGCCCUUUGACAAAACUGGUUGUCGACUUGAAGGGGGUUCACCCCGAUGAUGCGUUUUCGGUGGUUCCCUACGAAAAAGGCCAAACUUUUUUGCGCUACCUUGAAGAAGUAGUCGGCGGACCAGCUCAAUUCGAACCAUUCCUCAGAGAGUACUUCAACACUUUUAAAUACAAAUCCAUUGACACGAACGACUUUAAAUCAUUUUUCGAAAAAUAUUUCGCAAGCAAGGCGGCCAUCAAAUCGGUUGAUUGGAACACUUGGCUUUACGGCACCGGAAUGCCUCCAGUGGUUCCCAACUACAACACGUCCCUGGCUACCAACUGUGACAAACUUAUGAAACAGUUUGUCGAGUGGGAUGAAAAAGCUGCCUGUCCUGUUGAAACCACGCACAUUAAGAAUCUUGGUGCCGAUGAAAUAAUUUACCUUCUGCAAGAAAUAUGGAGCGGAAAACCAUUGUCUAUUCCCAAACUUGAGCAACUGGACAAGUUGUUCGAGUUUAGUAAAGUGAAAAAUUCCGAAGUUAAGUUCAGAUGGUUGAGAAUUGGUUUAAAAGCGCACUGGAUGAAGAGUGUUGAACCGACUCUGAAGUGGAUCAAUGAAGUGGGAAGAAUGAAAUUUGUGCGCCCCCUGUACAGGGAUUUGUACGCUUGGGAGGAAGUGAGAAGCAAGGCCAUCGAAAACUUCAAGUUGAAUAAAAAUUCAAUGAUGCACGUGGUGGCUUAUACUGUUUCUAAGGACUUGCAUUUAACGUCUUAAAACUGUGUUAAAUAAAUUUUUACGCAAUA